AGUAAUUUAAUUUUGAAUUUUGAUUUAGGUUGUUUAGGGUGGAGGAUUAGGCCCAUGUUGUUCAGAGGGAGCGACACUUCACUGGAACUUAUGAAGGAGCUAAGAAGAGUGUACAUUGACGCAGAGGAAAGAGGUGAAGUACUGGAUGAAAAAUUCAUAGAAUCAGCACCAGAAUCGCUGGACCAUCUUCUUGCAGAAAUUGCUGGUGCAGCCGCUUCAUACCAGCAUAUUGACAUCAAAACUUUUCUUCUCAAGACCAAGGCCAUGCUUAUAAAGAUGGAUCACAAAGUCCAAUUAUCUAGGAAUCAGGCAUCAAUAUAUCAACAUCUGGCUUCAAUUGGAGUACCAAAGAGCAUACACUGCGUCACUCUGAAUCUAGCAGAAGAAUAUUUAGUAAAUGCCAUUGCUCGAACUUCCUUGCCGCUACCAGAACAUUCAUAUCGCCUAACAAAUGCCAAUUAUCUCCACAUUGUCAUCAUAACCGACAACAUUCUCGCUGCUUCUGUUGCCAUCUCUUCCACUGUGAAAAGCUCCAAGGAACCUGGGAAGUUUGUGUUUCAUAUUGUAACUGAUAAGAAAACCUCCAGCGCAAUGCAUGCUUGGUUUUCCCUCAACUCAGUUUUUCCUGCUGUUGUAGAGGUCAAGGGCUUGCACCAGUUUGAUUGGCCACCUUAUGCUAGUGCAAGAGUUAUGGUGACCGUAGAAGAGGUUCAUCAGGGGUUAAUGGCUUAUCGAGAGUAUAGUGGAGGUGAUGAGGAUUAUAGGAGGCUUGAGGGUCUCAGUCCGAAUUCAUUUUUGCUGUUAAAUUAUCUAAGAAUUCAUCUCCCAGAGCUCUUCCCAAAUCUCAAAAGGGUAAUACUUCUGGAUGAUGAUGUCGUCGUUCAACGUGACUUGACUCCAUUGUGGGAUCUCGAUCUCAAUGACAAUAUCAUUGGUGCAGUUGGUCUAGAACACAACAGAGAGAGCCAUUGCCCCGGACCAAUGCUUGGUCACUACUUCAAUUUCUCAAAUUCUUUACUUCCAUCUGAACUAGAACAAGAUCAAUGUGCAUGGUUAGGGGGCAUGAACAUAUUUGAUCUUGAAGCAUGGAGUAGGACCAAUAUAACAGCAACCUUCCAGCAAAUGCUUCGAUUGAACCGUGAAUCUGGGUUUUUACUAUGGCGUUUAGGCUGGCUACCACCAGCGAUAAUUGCUUUCAACAGUAAAGUACAUCCAAUUGACCCUUCAUGGCAAUUGCCAGGAUUAGGGCAACAAUUGCCAGCUCCGGAGACCCUAAAAACUUCUGCAGUUCUUCAUUUCAGCGGUCCAAGAAAGCCAUGGCUUGAGAUUGGUUUUCCAGAGCUAAGAAAUCUAUGGAUGAAUCAUCUUAACCACUCUGAUGAGUUCUUAACGAGCUGCAGAGUUGUGUAGUGGAGGAAAUUCGAAUACUUUAUAUAUAGAUGGCAUAUGUAUUUUUUUUUUUUUUGUUGUAGAUAGAGUAGUUAGUCUUGAGUAGGGAGAAGAGGGUAUUGCCUUCAGUCUCUGCUUUAGAUUACCUCUGUUUACCGUUUUAUUUGUUACGGAGGGCUUCCAGUCAAGUUGUAUAUAUGGAGGGAGAGGGCUUAAAGAGGAGCUCUUCUAGGAGAUAUAUAUAUAUAUACACGAGAAAUAUACCCGUAUACGUGUAUUAGUUCUCGAAAUAACAACUAAGUUGAUAUAAAAGGAUGCUUAUCGAUGUUCUCUCUU